GGCCAGCCAGGCGGGGAUGACGGCCCCGGGGACCAAGCGGCAGAUCUUCGAGCCGGCUCUGGGGAUGGAGCACUGCGACACUUUGACCAUCGGGCUGCAGAUGGGCAGCAACAAGGGCGCGUCCCAGCAGGGCAUGACCGUCUACGGGCUCCCCCGCCAGGUCUACGACCCCAAAUACUGCGGGGGGCCCGAGCUGCUGGCCCACCACGGCUACGACGGCGACCACCACGGCCUCUACAACUCGCAGUAGCCGCCGCUCGCCCCCGCACCCCCCGCACCGCUGCUCACCGGCUUCACCGAGCCCGCCCCGGCCGCCCCCGGGGGAUGGGAGAGACACCGGGGAUGCUGCCGGUACCGGGAGAGCCCCCGGGGAUGCUGCCGGUACCGGGGGGAGCUCCUGGGGAGGUACCGGGAGAGCCCCCGGGGCUGCCACCGGUACCAGGAGAGCCCCCGGGGAUGCCACCGGUACCGGGAGAGCCCCCGGGGAUGCUGCCGGUACCGGGAGAGCCCCCAGUGCUGCCACCAGUACCGGGGGGAGCUCCUGGGGAGGUACCGGGAGCAGCGCCGGGGACGUUCCCGGUACCGGGAGAGGCCCCGGGGAUGCUGCCGGUACCGGGAGAGGCCCCGGGGAUGCUGCUGGUACCUGCGGGAGCUCCUGGGGAGGUACCGGGGGAGGAACCGGGGCCGUUCCCGGUACCGAGGGGAGCUCCUGGGGAGCCCCCGGGGCCGUUCCCGGUACCAGGGGAGGAACCGCAGGAGGAACCGGGAGAGCCCCCGGGGCCGUUCCCGGUACCUGCGGGAGCUCCCGGGGAGGAACCGGGGCCGUUCCCGGUACCGGGGGAGGAACCGGGAGAGCCCCCGGGGGUGUUCCCGGUACCGGGGGAGGAACCGGGGGAGGAACCCCGGGGGUUCGGCCCCCGCCACGUGUGGAGCCACCGAGAGACACAAUAAAAACCACAGGCAAAGG